CGAAGGUCAUCCACACAAAUCGCUCUAGCUAAAUACCUUGUGACCCCGAAAGCAGGCCGCUGUGACCCCCCACACGCAAGCGCUUCGCACGCCCCAGCGCCCGAGCUUUCUUCCCUAGACCGCUUCCUCGCAACCAACCAAAAAAAGCCAACCAUCAUGAUGCUUACGCGCAAGGCAAUUGCCGGUCCCGGCGUCGUCAGCAGCCGCAGCACCGCCCGCGCCGGCGUGGCUCCUGUGCCGCUGCAGCCGCGCCUGCGCAGCUCCGUGGUCCGCCGCUUCAAGGAGAACAACGAGGAGACGGACCUGGAGAUGCAGCGGCGGCGUGAGAUGGAGGAGGUGCGGCGCCGCCAGGAGGAGGCCAUCAACAAGAUUCGUGACUCGGCCCAGGACGUCGGCAACAGCGCCAAGCAGGAGAUCAAGAAGGACGUGCGGCAGGUGGUGGACACGGUGGAAGCCAGCAGUGCCGGCAAGGGCUACAGCAGCGCAAUACGGGUGCCCAUCUGGAUGCCGGCCUUCACUCGCCGCCGCGAGGUCUUCAUGGGGCGCAUCGCCAUGGUGGCCUUCGCUGUCAGCUGCGGUCUGGAGAUCUUCACUGCCGACCACCUGGGUCCCAUCCGCCAGGUCCAGCUGUGGAGCGGCCUGGACGAGUCCACUGUGGUGGCCCUCAUCAUGGGCAUCAUUGCCUACAACGUGCUGGGAGGUCUGGGGCCCUGGUCGCCCACCUUCGCGCCCGAGAACCUGCGGGAUGUGGCCAGGCGGCCGCGCGGCCCGCCCAGCGACCUGCCCGCCAAGGUUGGCGACUGGCUGGGCAUCAGCGGCUGGGGCUUCACCAAGCGCAACGAGGUGUUCCACGGCCGGCUGGCCAUGAUGGGUUUCCUGUUUGCUUUCAUCAACGAAAUGAAGACCGGCCGCGGCGCACUGGGGCAGGUCGCUGGCUACCUGGGCAUCAUCCCCGACGCCGCCUGGUACAGCGCCUGCCUGAACGGCUUCAUCGUGUUCUCCGCCCUCAUGCUGGGAGCCUCCAUACUGUUCCCUAGCCGCCUGCAGGGUUCCAACGCCUCGGAGGAUGACAUCUACUAAAGCACCGGCGAGCUGUGUGUGCACCAGGGAGUCGUGCGAUGUGUGUCAAGCGGGUCUGCGGUACGGCAUAUGCCUGCUGCACGAUGUGGGUGGUGGUAGCUUAGCCGGCGUAGCUGCCGGUGCAACUUGGUCGGCAUGAACCUGCAUGCUGGUAUUGGUAGUGCAGACUCGAGACGGUUGAGGAAUGGAGGUUCAAAAUGCGCGCAAGGACUGUGAGGAGCUGGCAUCGGAA